AUGACAACUAGACAACAAUGAAUUACCGUUAUUAAAAUUUAUAAACUUUUGGAUAUUUUAAUUUGAAAUCAAAGAAUCAUGAAUGUUAACGACAUAAUAUAUUUUUCAUCCCUUUUAGUAUGUCUCUCUCUCGGAUCUCAUUACAAAGAAAUCGCCAAAACUGAUAUGAAACGGAAUUACGGAGCGGGUCUCGGUUUGCUCGUUUCAUUUCUAAUUUGUGGCCACUACAUCUUACAUACAUUCAUAAUGGUUUGUGGUAAUGUCUUGAUACUAAAAUCCUGUGAUCGUCAUUACGUCCAUCAAAUAAGUUUGGCAUAUUCAUGGACAUAUCUCUUGUAUAUACAUCACAAUAUACCAUCACAUUCGUAUAUGAUCGGAAUAUUUCAAAUUAUCGCAUUACGACUGGUGGGACUCGCGUGUGAGUUGAGUAUAGCGGAGAAGCCUAGGUUGAACUACCGUGAAAGUACACCCAAUGAGGCUGAAGUGAUGCCAGUACCUGAGGCAGUCGAUAUUCUGGCUUAUGCUUAUUACUUCAUUGGUAUACAUAAAGGUACUUAUUACAAAUGGAGAAUAUUCCAAGAUCACCUAAAUGCGCCUUUCAGUUCAGUAGGCGACUGCAGAAUAGUCACCGAAGAGAAAAUAAAGAAAGCGGUGUUGUGCGCGGUUGGAUACAUGAUGCUUCGCUCCAGAUUUAAUACUCACAUGUACGAAGAAAAUCGUUUCUACACACACUUCGGCACCGACUACCGUUACCUUUUCAACAUCCCCCUGCUGUUAAUGUACUAUUUGAACACGGAGAUGAUUGCACUGCUUGGUACUGCUGUCUGCACGGAGUCCGGAUUUGGUUUGUACCCGGUUAAGUGCGCACCUCUCCCCGGCAGUGGACCAUCCACACAUUUUAGUGUUAUUAAUUUAAUUACAAAAACACCAGACGCUGCAUCAGAACAAGAAUACAACGUGCAAAUGUUGAACUCAUUUGAGAUCGAGAAGUUGAUCGUGGGGCCUAAGAUGAAAGACACGAUGCGGGCCUGGGACAUGUCAAUACGAUACUGGUACUGGGCGUAUGCUUACAGGAAGUAUAUAAAGGCCAAUAAGCAAGUAAGGAGUGCGUUCUCGUUCAUGCUAUGGACUUUGUGGUGUGGGCCCUCUAUACCGCAGCUAAUCAUAUCAACCACGCUAUGGGUCAUCAUACAUCUGGAGUCUGAGUAUAGUGAAUUAUAUGACACUGAAGGAUCGAUGAAAUUACCUUGGGAUAUCGGUUUUUCGAUAAUGCGCAUGUUUUGCUUGCUGUACCUGACUCCCUGCUUCGUUGUGGAUGAGACCAAAGUUGUUCUAAGAUAUUAUAACUCUAUUUAUUGGAUGUUCCAUAUUAUAUUAUUCGUGCUAAUGCUUAUCGCUGUUAUUAUAUUCAAAUGUCGUGGUGAAAAUUGAUUUGUUAAAUUAACCUAUAUGUUGUCAAUAAAGUGAAUAAAACGCAA